AUGGCGUCGAUAAACGAAUUGGACGAAGACAGUAACAUUUCAGUGACUCUUUCGGUUUCGGACAUAAAUGAUUCAUUAGAAACGGUUUCGCCUGUGCCACCAACCGACACCGCCGAGAGUUCAUCAUCGUCGCAAGCGCGGCUUCUCGUACUGGAUGGAACAUUUUUCAAAUACUUGCCUGAAAAGUGUACGGGACGUCGUAUAGAAAAACACUACGAAACGCAAGUAGCUAAGAUCAAGUCAGAACUAGAAAAAGUUCCCUAUGUGUGCACAACCAUAGAUAUCUGGACAGCGCACUGGAUCACAAAUGAUCUACGCAGAGUUUCAGUGGCGUUAGCUUGUCAACGAUUCAGAGGCGUCCACAGCUAUGAUAGACUAUCCGAUAUAAUUCAAGAAAUUAACGGUGAAUUCGACCUCAAUACGAAUAAAAUUGUUGCAUCGGGUGACGGA